CACUCCAGCCUUAUCUGGGCAGGGGUGUGUGGAGACGGACUAUAAGACUAUAACCGAAACUGGUCAUCUCAGUUCUCCUCUCACCUCCUUGACUGCAGGAUGAAACUGCUUGUGCUGGCUGUGCUGCUCACAGUGGCUGCCGCCGAGAGCGGCAUCAGCUCUCGGGCCGUGUGGCAGUUCCGCAAAUUGAUCAAGUGUGUGAUCCCGGGGAGCGACCCCUACUUGGAAUACAACAACUACGGCUGCUACUGUGGCUUGGGGGGCUCAGGCACCCCCGUGGAUGAAUUGGACAAGUGCUGCCAGACACAUGACAACUGCUACGACCAGGCCAAGAAGCUGAGCAGCUGUAAAUUUCUGCUGGACAACCCGUACACCCACACCUACUCAUACUCGUGCUCUAACUCUGAGAUCACCUGCAGCAGCAAAAACAAAGAGUGUGAGGCCUUCAUUUGCAACUGCGACCGCAAUGCUGCCAUCUGCUUUUCAAAAGCUCCAUAUAACAAGGAACACAAGAACCUGGACAGCAAGAAGUAUUGUCAGAGUUGAAUAUCACCUCUCAAAAGCACCACCUCUACCUGCCUCAACUCACACUGUGCCCUUCAAUAAAGCACCUUGUUGAAAGACCUCA